GCAGAGGGAAAAUAGUUGGUCCUUGAAGCCUAGAAGACUUCUUUUAACGAAGGGCGAUCCCCGAUUGUUGUUUGAGAUGCUGAAGAAGCUGCUGUGCAGAAGACUUUUUUCUUAUCCCAUCAAUUACUGCUUUGUGUUCCUUGUUUUUUCCCUAGUCACCUUCUCUGUUGUAAGGAUUCAUCAAAAGCCCGAAUUUAUAAACAGCAGACCCUUGGAGCUCGUUGGAGAGAAUCCUGGUAAUGUCAAUUGCACCAAAGUUGUCCAGGGUGAUAUAGACGAAAUCCAAAAGGCAAAGCUUGAGACACUGACAGUAAAGUUCAGAACGCGCACUCGGUGGACACCUCAUGACUAUCUAAACAUGACCAGGGACUGCGCUUCUUUCAUCAAGAGCCGCAAAUACAUUACGGAACCCCUUAGCAAAGAAGAGGCGGGGUUUCCAAUAGCCUAUUCUAUCGUGGUUCAUCACAAAAUCGAAAUGCUCGACAGGCUCCUGAGGGCCAUCUAUAUGCCUCAGAAUUUCUAUUGCAUCCAUGUGGACAGAAAAUCAGAGCAGCCCUUCCUAGCUGCGGUGAUGGGCAUUGCAUCCUGUUUCAAUAAUGUCUUUGUGGCCAGUCAAUUGGAGAGUGUGGUUUAUGCAUCAUGGAGCCGGGUUCAGGCUGACCUCAACUGCAUGAAGGACCUUCACAGAAUGCGUGCAGACUGGAAGUACUUGAUAAAUCUUUGCGGUAUGGAUUUUCCCAUCAAAACCAACCUAGAAAUCGUCAGGAAGCUCAAGUCGUUCAUGGGUGAGAACAACCUUGAAACGGAGAAGAUGCCACUCCAUAAAGAAGAGAGGUGGAAGAAGCGGUAUGCGGUCAUUGACGGAAAGCUGACCAACACGGGGACCGUGAAAACGCAUCCUCCGCUUGAAACGCCUCUUUUCUCGGGCAGUGCCUAUUUUGUGGUCAGUAGGGAAUAUGUGACGUACGUGCUAGAAAAUGAAAAAAUCCAAAAGUUUAUGGAGUGGGCGCAGGACACGUACAGCCCGGAUGAGUAUCUCUGGGCCACUAUCCAAAGGAUCCCUGAAGUUCCUGGCUCACGCUCCUUGAGCCAUAAGUACGACUUGUCCGACAUGCUCUCGGUGGCGAGGUUUGUCAAGUGGCAGUACUAUGAGGGGGAUACUUCUAAGGGCGCUCCCUACCCACCCUGCACGGGGACCCACGUGCGCUCGGUGUGCGUGUUCGGCGCUGGAGACCUGAACUGGAUGCUGCACACGCACCACUUGUUUGCCAAUAAGUUUGACAUGGACGUCGACCACUUUGCCAUCCAGUGUCUGGAUGAGCACCUGAGGCAUAAAGCUUUGGAAACAUUACACCAUCGGCCGCUGUAG